GGACUUAAUUGUUUGCUUCUCAGCCCAGGAUGAAGUCAGUUCUGUUUUGCUCCCUUUUGUGUUGCUGGAGAGCAAUCUGCUGUAGUGGCUGUGAGCUGAUCAACAUCACCAUCGCAGUGGAGAAAGAGGAGUGUCGUUUCUGCAUAAGCAUCAACACCACUUGGUGUGCGGGCUACUGUUUCACCAGGGAUCUGGUGUAUAAGGACCCAGCCAGGCCCAACACCCAGAAGACAUGCACCUUCAAGGAGCUGGUGUACGAGACUGUGAGACUGCCCGGCUGUGCUCACCAUGCAGACUCCCUGUACACAUACCCAGUGGCCACCGAAUGUCACUGUGGCAAGUGUGAUAGUUACAGCACUGACUGUACUGUGCGAGGCCUGGGGCCCAGCUACUGCUCCUUCACCGAAAUGAAAGAAUGAAGAGCAAUGAUCAUUUCAGUACACCACCCUUGUCCUGAAGACCAAGGCAUGCAAAAUGUCUGGGUGUCUGCAUUGUGUCCAGG